AUGCUUUAGGAAGGGCUAAGAAACUUCAAGGAACUUCGAGCUAAAUUUCAAAAGUUUGAUGCGCCACCUCCUCCAGGACCUAUUAAAUUCUCAGCAGGUGUUUCUCGAAAGGGUGGCAUUCGAAACACACAGUCAACAAGAACUUUGGCCAAUGGGAAACCCCUCUUGCCCAACCACAAUCCACUCCCACUGUGCUGUUCUAGUGCUGAACCCCAGCUUCUUAAACUCCAGGAAAUGAAAGUGGCCCAGGGGAGCAAGAUUCAGAAAUGUCCGAAUUCCCCAGGACCUCCGGAGACGUCUCCUGGUUCUGCAGUGAAUUCACAGAAAACUUCUCUGAUGUUAGACGUGAGUCAGCCAAGCGCUGAGAUAACCAACAAGAGGAGAGUAGCAGUGACAGAUAGCUUCAAAGACAAGCUCUGGAACUGGGAGAAGGUGUCAUCUCGGAAAAAUGAGAUGUCUUCAGCUUCUUUCCUUACCAGUUAUACAAACAGGGGCUUCCAUCCGGAGGAGCAGCAAAGCAGAGGGCUUACUCCAAAGGAACCCAGGAGACAGCUGGAAACAAAAGGAGCCCAGACCCUACCUUCCCAGAGUUACUCGGUGGCCCAAAGAAAAUCACCUGAAGAUCCCACUUUUCUAUUUCUCCAACAUGGCAGGAAGAGCCUAGAAACCCCUCACCCUGAGAGGAGCCCAGCGGGGAGCUCCUGCCAGCCUGUCUAUGAGAGUGAACUUGCCAGCCAGACCCCAGGCUCAGAGAAACAGCCAGUUGACAGGCAUCAUCAACUUCUCAAAACAAAACAACUGCCUCCCAUCAAGUCCCUGGGUCCUCCUCCUCCAAAGCCUCCAAAGCCACCAGUUGUAAACCUCCAGGCCUUCCAGAGGCAGGCGGCUGCGAUUUCCGAGAGCCACAGGAAAGCAGCUGGGAAAGAGCGCUGCCUGUCUCCGGAGAGUGCUGAAUUUGAAGAACCACAUAAUUAUGAGGCAACAAUUUCAUAUCUGAAACACUCUGGCAACUCCAUUAACCUGUGCACUGCAAAAGAAAUUGCUGAUUCAACUUAUGAAGUUGAAAUUGAAGAACCUCAAAAGCCGUGGAAGAGUGGUCUCCACCCAGAAUUUAGCUCUAAACAUGAAGAUAAGAUAAAAAAGGAAAAAGAACCAUGUGGAUUGGAACCUCGAAAACCAAAGAAGGAUCUACCUUCAAGCCACCUUUUCAAGGAGGCUGCCUGUGGAGGGAUGCUGGGAAGAAACCAGGUGAUGAAAGUCCAGAGAGGCAACAUGAACAUGCUGCCCAGAAAGCAGGACCCUGUGAGCCACAUUGUCCAGACAAAGGCCUGCCCCCAAGACCCGAAGCUGGCCAGGCACUCCCUAGGCCACUGUGGGUAUGUGGAGGCCUUAGAGGUCACGAAAGAAACUCCAGACGGAGGGGUCUGUAAGCCUCUCUCCAUCUCAGACGAGACAUAUGAUGAUGUUGAGUACCCCGGGAAGGCAGGACCAAGGUCAGACUACUCUAGCUCAUUUGCUUCUGAUAAUGAAGAAAAUUGUGAAGAAGUAUAUGAAGAGGUCUAUAAAACAAAGAGCAACUACCCAAAAAUAGAUUUAGAUGGAAAAGAAGCACUGAAAAGACUACGGAAAUUCUUCAAGAAAGAAAAGGAGAGAUUUAAAAUGAAGAAAAAUAAGUUGAAAGAAAAUAUAAGUGCAUUUUCAAUUUCGCUGCCUGAUUUAGAACUUAGGUCUCAGGAAGUUAGUAUCUAUGAUAAUGUGGAUGUAAAUGAAAAAGAGCCAAGUGAUGAAGAUAAACUAAAAACCUGGAAGCCCAAGUUUUUGAUGGCAAAGGAAAAAAAAGGGAGAAAAGAUGAAGAAUCAGAAAGGAAUUUCUUUAGAACCAAGAAGCAAAACUUAGAAAAGAUGAGAAUGGAAAAAGAAGAAAAACGUUUUAGAGAACAAUUUGAGUAUGACAAAGAGAUUACUGUCAUCAACACAGCAGUGGCAUGUUCCAGUAAUUCAAGAAAUGGAAUAUUCUAUUUGCCAAUAACCCCUGGAGAAGAACUGCAAGUCAUUGAUACCACUGAAGAAAAUCUAGUGAUCUGUCGCAAUUCCAAAGGCAAAUAUGGAUAUGUACUAAUUGAACACCUAGAUUUCAACGGACUCCAUCUCACAAUCUCAAGAUCACAACCUGAGCUGAAACCAAGAGCUGGAUGCUUAACUGACUGUGACACAGGGGGCCCCUUUGUUCUUUAGCCUUCAAAGGUGUGAUAGAAUUUGUCCCACGGCCCCAUUCUUUAUGAGACUUUUUAAAAAAUUUUAUUUAAAUUCAAUUAACACAUAAUGAAGUAUUAGUUUCAGAGGUAGAAUUCAGUGAUUUAGCAGUUGCAUUAUAAUACCCAGUUCUCAUUACAUCAUGUGUCCUCCUUAAUGCUCAUCACUCAGUUUGUUUCCUAGAGGCAAGAGACUCUUCAGGUUUGCUGUGAGACUAUGUUUUAAGCUUCUAGGUUCUUUUAUCUCCUUUUUCAUGUUCCAAGUGGCACUCAUCCAAUAAAGACCAAGCAUCAGAAGUAUUCAUAGAGGAAAGGGGAAUAUGGCAGCAGAAUAGGAGGAUUCUAGGCUCACUUCAUCCCACAAAUAUGACCAUGUAACUAUCAAAUCACACUAAAUGCUCCAGAAAUUGAUCUGAACACUGGCAGAACAAAUUCCACAACUAAAGGUAGAGAAGUGGUCACAUAUCAAAGGCAGGAAGUACAGAAACACAGCUUGUCAUGGCCCCUGUGGUGGGAAGGGAGCCAUGAUUGUCGAGAAGGGCAAGAGACAGACUAACACAUGGGAGCAUGCAGGGAAAAUGAAUGCCCAUAGCAAUUGGCUUAGAAUGUGAGAGGGGCCAAAUUCAGUGGAGCUUAAAGCCUGGAGUUUUAAAGGUCACUGUGCUUGGCUCUGUGAGAGUGCAGAGGACAUACAGGGGUAGAAACAGCCACUGGAAGAGCCACUGGAGCACACGGUAGGAGGGUUAGUUGCUUACCUCCAAGUCCCAGAGAGAUAGCGUUCAGGGAGAGACCCCUUGAGGAAUAAAGGAACUGACAGGUGCCAUUUCCUGCCCCCAUCCCUUAGCAUAAGCACAGAUCCACCUGCAGGAAACAGCACAGCUUAAUACUCACUACCUAACUUGCUUACACCAAGUCCCACCUCCCCAAGCUCCGGAAGAACUACUUUUCCUACUCUGCUUACCUCAGUCCCAAGGCAGCAGGCCUCAAACUCUAGAAGACCAGCACAAGCAUCUGUCAACACUGCUUCUUACAACCUGGGAGUUUGUGAGGCCUUGGUUUCAGUGGCAACUGUGUCCUCAUUUCGCAAGCAGACCAGAACACACCUCGUUAAAAGCACACCAUAUUCAAGCUAGAGCCACUGCCCACAGUAGGCAAAGAGGGCUUCUGUAGACAACUUGCCUGAAGGAUAAACCAGCACACAUUGGAGAUACUCCCAGAAGUGCCAGGCCCUGGGAACAGGGGAUACUACAUUACAGAGCACUAUAGGACUUCUUCAUAAAGCCAUUACCCUCAAAAACAGGAGACGUAGCUGACUUUACUAACACAGAAACAGGCAUAGAGACUUAGACAAAAUGAGAAGACAGGAGAAUUUGUCCCAAAUCAAAGAACAGGACAAGCCAUGGCUAGGAAUCUAAGCAAAAGAGAUACAAGUAACAUGCCUGAUGGAGAAUUUAAAGCAAUGACCAGGGGUGCCUGGGUGGCUCAGUCAGUUAAGCAUCUGCCUUUGGCUCAGGUAAUGAGCUCAGGGUCCUGGAAUUGAGCCCUGCAUCAGGCUCCUUGCUCAACGGGAAGCCUGUUUCUCCCUCUGCUUGUGCUCUCUCACUGUCUCAAAUAAAUAUUUUUUUUAAAUGAUCGUAAGGAUACUCACAGGACUUGAGAAAAGAGUGGAGGACAUCAGUGAGACACAAUAUAAAGGGUUCAAUAACUGAAAUGAGAAAUAUGCUUGAUGGAAUGAACAGGCUGAAAGAAACAGAAGAAUGAAUUAAUAACCUAGAAGACAGAGUAGGGGAAAGUAAUCGAGCUGACUAAAAAAUUAUGCAAAACAAGAGCAAACUAAGGGAACUUAGUGACUCCAUCAAACAUAAUAACAUUCAUAAUAUAGGAGUUGCAGAAGAGAGAGAAAAGGGGGUAGAGAAUUUACUUGAAGAAUAGCUGAAAACUUCUCUAAUCUGAGGAAGGAAAUAGCCACAUCUAGGAGGCACGAGAACCCUCAAGAAAAGCAGAUCUACACCAAGACAUACUGUAAUUAAAAUUCUUAAAAGCAGCAAGACAAAAGACAGUUACAUACAAUGGAAACCCCAUGCUAGCAGUGGAUUUUUCAGCAGAAACUUUACCAGCCAGAUGAGAAGGGCAUGAUAUAUUCAAAGAGCUGAAUGAGAAAAAUCUGCAGCCAAGAAUACUCUAUCCAGCAAGGCUAUCAUUCAGAAUAGGAGAGUUUCUCAGAUGAACAAAAACUAAAGGAGUUCAUGACCAUGAAACCAGCCAUGCAAGAAAUACUAACAAGGACUCUUUGAGCAGAAAGACCAAAAUGGAAAUAUGAAGGUAGAAAACACAAAAGCAGUAAAAAUGAAUAUUUCCGUAAAAAAUCAGUCAAGAAAUUCACAAAAAGGAUGUAAAAUAGGACACCACAUACCUAAAUCAUGAGAAGGACAGGAGUAAAGAAUGGGUUCAAACUUAAAUGACCAUCAAUUUAAUGUAGACUGCUUUAUGCAGAUGUUACACACCAACCUAAUGGUAACCACAAGUCAAAAAUCACUAAUAAAUAUGCAAAGAAUAAAGAGAAAGAAAUCCAAAUAUAACAGAAAAUCUUCAGAAACAACUGCAAAACAAUAAAAUGGCAAUAAAUACAUAUCAAUCAGUAAUUACUCUGAAUGUAAGUGGAUUAAAUAUUCAAAAGACAUGGGUCUUAUUUUUUAUCCAUCCUGUCACCCUACUUAUAUGUUGCCUACAACAGACCCAUUUUAGACCUAAAGACACCUGCACAUUGAAAGUGAAGGAUGGGGAAACAUCAU